UGCCUAUCCAGCCUUUCCGGAAUUUAUCCAUCAGCUGAACCAAGAACAAAAACACUCCUAUCAUACCUGAGACUUUAAUGUUACAAGGCGGAGCAAAAUGAAGAAGAGAUGACGAGAGGGACGCGACUUUUGCCUUUUAGGUUGCUGGCCUUUGGGCCUGCAGCAACACGGCAACCAACGACUGCACUCUGGAGGUCCAGGGUAACGUUGACUCCAGCUACCAGGGUAAGCUUUCCGGGUUCGGGUUUGGGUUCGGGCUUGAAUAUAUACAACCGUCGGUUGGAAAGCACGACAGCUACAACAUCUGCAUUAUCAUCGUCAACACCAAAAUCCGAUGAUGCCGCUGGUGAAGUUGACUAUGGCCACAUUGUGCCCGGCCCCAAUGAGGCUAUCCUAUAUCUUGACAACAUCUUCCCCUUGGGCCUGAGCGCAAUUCUCUGGCGCCGAUGGGGUACCGACAAAGACUUUUCAGAGCAGCUCCUCAAGCGCUUUGAAAAGUCAUCCUUCGGCAUCACGGACCCCAUUUCCAUGGUGAAGCGUUCCAUCCCGAAAAGUCUACCCAUCAAAGUGACAGAGAUCAUUCCACGCCUUAAAGAUGGCGGCGCUUUCGUCAAAUUCAGCCAUGGGCCAGAGACUACGCCGGCUGAAAUCGAAGAAUCGCUAGCGAAGAGCCUACAGGAUCGCCCCGUCAAGCCGUGGUUCAACCCGUUCACGUCUGUACGGGUCAACGCGGUCAAGGGUGUGCCUUGGCUCGAGGAUCUGUACCGCCUCCCUAGGGCUCGGCUCAAGGUAGAGUUCUGUCCGCCCAGGGAGCUUUCAAAAGACGCCACCAGCACGGAGCUUUCACAAGAGGCUCUGUACGGCCUCUUCCGCCGCUAUGGCAAGCUCUCCGAGAUCACGCCUCAGCCUUCCGACAGCAAAGUGACACCACGAUUUGCACAUGUUGACUUUGUCAGGGUCCGCGAUGCUGUAGUGGCACGGAACUGCCUGCACGGCUUAACGAUCAGCAAGGACAACAGCGCCACCCGCCUCAGACUAUCCUACGAACAAAGGGUCAAGCCGCACAAGAUCUGGGAGUGGACUACGAGCCACCCUCGUAUCGUCAUUCCUAUACUGGCUGCCCUGCUAGCCGCCUUUACCGUCGUUGUGUUUGACCCGAUCCGCGAAUUCUUCGUACGGGCCCAUGUCCAAGGGUCAUUCCGCGUCAGCAACAGUCGGCUGUACAGAUGGUUCAAGCGGCGAACCGCAGACGUUACCAACAGCGUCUUCCAGCGACGCCACGACAAGGGCGAGCAGGCCGGUUUGCAGGCCCUAUGGUCGCAGCGCAAGGAUAUCAUUGACUCGGUGCAGAAGUGGCUGCUUGAAACCGCCGAUACUUUCAUUGUCGUACAAGGGCCACGGGGUUCAGGCACUAAAGAGCUUAUUAUCGACCAGGCGCUCAAGGGGAGGCCCAAUGUGCUGGUGAUCGACUGCAAACCUAUCGUCGAGGCGAGAGGGGAAAGCGGGACAAUCAGGAAGCUAGCCGUUGCAGUUGGCUACCGACCUGUCUUUUCCUGGGCCAACUCGCUCAGCAGCAUGAUCGAUCUUGCGGUACAGGGCACGACCGGUGUCAAGUCAGGCUUUUCCGAGACCCUCGAGUCCCAGAUAGUAAAGAUCUUGCACACAACCGCGUCCGCUCUGAAGAAGGUUUCUCUGGAGCAAUACAAAAAAGACGGAUCCGGUGCCGAAAUGUCUGAGGACGCUUACCUCGAGGCGCAUCCCGAGAAGCGUGCUGUCAUUGUCAUCGACAACUUCUUGCACAAACACGAUGACGGUGGACUAGUCUAUGACAAGAUUGCUGAGUGGGCAGCCGCCAUGGUUCAAAGCAACAUUGCCCACGUUGUUUUCUUGACAAACGACUCGUCCUAUUCAAAAUCCCUGUCAAAGUCCCUGCCUGACCGUAUCUUCAGACAAGUAUCCCUCGGUGAUUUGUCACCUUCAGUGGCCAAAAAGUAUGUCCUCGGUCAUCUUGAGGGCCUAGACCGUGAUGAAAGUCUCAAGGAUGACAACAGCGAGAAUUCCGAAGAUGAUAAAGGGGCCGAAAAGCCGAGUGAACAUGAUAUUGAGGUUGAAUCCAAGCGGCGCCGAGACUUGGCAGAGCUGGACGGCUGCAUCGAUACCCUAGGUGGCCGCCUUACCGACCUCGAAUUCUUGGCCCGACGACUAAAGAGUGGCCAGAGUCCCCGGAACGCCAUCUCGGAAAUUGUGGAUCAGUCGUCCUCGGAGAUCAUCAAGAUGUUCCUGCUUGCCAAGAAAAGCCUUGAAGGCACUCAGACGCAGUGGUCCCCCGAGCAGGCCUGGUUCCUGAUCAAGGAGAUUGCGUCAAAGACCAGCCUGCGGUACAACGAGGUACUCUUAUCGCCCACCUUUGCGUCCUCCACCACUCCGUCGGCGGCGGACGGUGAGGCUGCCAUCGAGGCCCUAGCAGCCGCGGAGCUGGUGACUGUCACGUCGCACCGCGGCAGGCCACAGACCAUUCGUGCCGGCAGACCCGUAUACCAAGCAGCAUUCACCCAGCUCACUCAGGAUGCAGUCCUCAAGGCAAGGAUGAACCUGCUCCUUUUGACGGAGCUGUCCAAGGUAGAGGCCAAGAAUAUCGACAAGGUUGAAACUGAGCUGGCAUUGCUUGGUGCGCUCCCUAAGCAGCCACGGGAGAUAACGGACAGGGUGACAUACCUGCUGGGCAAGCUACACAGUUCUCAAGUCAAGGUUGCUGAGCUGGACCGGGAAAUGGCUGCAUUGAAAGGUGUGCUUGUACGCGAGGUUUGAGGGGCGAGGCCACUUACUUUCCUAUUUACCUUGACUUUUACCUUCCUCUCUACUCUCCUCUUUAAUCUCCUCUUUACUCUGCUUUUCUAUCUGUACCCAUGAUAUAAGGAGGCUAA